AUGAGCCGUCUUUCCUACUUUGGCCUCUGUGGGCUCCUCAUCAUCACGAGUACAACAGCUUUGCUUAGUUCUGCAUCUGCGCCGACUACAACAACCCAGGGGUCUCUCGAUACCCAGACCAGCUCUACUCUCUCGGCGGGACCAGAUGGCAUCUGUUACACAUAUGUGGUUCAGGGUGGGGAUACUUGCGCGCGAGUUACCCAGAAGUACCAUUUGACGGCCGCGGACAUCAACCAGUACAACGCCAACAACUGGUUAUGGAAAGGCUGUGACCUCAUCGCUCAGGGAGACUUCAUCUGUCUCAGUCCCGGCGAUCCUCCGAUGCCAGUUGCCCUCGCCGCUGCGGUCUGUGGUCCUCAAGUUCCUGGCACGGUCCGGCCGAGCACCUGGUCUGACCUGGCGUCGUUGAAUCCAUGUCCGUCAAAGAAUGACUGUUGCACAAUAGGCGGACAGUGCGACUCAACUGAUUUUUGGUGUGGAAAAAGCGAUCGGUGUAUCUCCAACUGCGGGAUCAAGACCAAAACGACCAAAGCAACCACGGCGACCACGACCAAACGGGCUUCGACCACGACCGACGCAGUAUCAACUUCCACCGCGGCCGAAACCACUACACAUCAUACAACAACGACAACCAGUGCAGGCCCAGAAUGGACACUAGUUGCCUACGAAGGUAGUACAUGUGAUAAAGAUUACUAUGUAUUGAAGGGCUCCAAAUCCGAGGACCAAAAAUGUGUCAAUAUUUUUGGCGGCACCACCUCGACUAUCUCAGACCAGGGAGUGUACUGCAAAAAAUACUCCAAUGGUGGAUUCGAUUCAGCCGACUGCAAUAUCGAUGAUGAGGCUUCGAUCCUGUCAUGGACAUUACACAAAGGCGUUUGUAAUGUGUCGGAUCAGAAAUGCGGCGAGGGCGGCCAUGCUCUGAACGUGCAGCCUCAAGACACAUGCAAUGCCAAGAAUCCUACUCAAAUGCGCUGGCAGUCCUUAACCUGCAUGGUCACUGCUUAG